GUCUCCUUCCCUCCUGCAGGUGAAGCAUGACGACGGAGCGCCGCUGGUAUGACCCUCCUGCUCCCCGGGACUGGCAUCCUACACCUGCAGAGCUAGAACGCCUCCAGUCCAACUCCUCCCUCAGGAAGGCUCUUCUCAACCGCUCCUCCUCCAGGAACAUCGAUAGGGUCUCACUCAGGUCCUCGUGCAGCGCCAAAUCGGAUGCGUAUAGUGUAGAUAAGAGUUACCUAGAGAGGAGCAUUCGAGGGUCUAUCUCUAGUCGCAAUUCGUACACUGGCAGUCCCCUGGUGCCACCCCUCAGAAAGGGGACCAGUACCGAUGGGAGCGUUCGGACACUUAAGUCUAGGGGAGAAAAUUUUUCCUCUCAAGCGUCGUCAUCAGCAGGAGGUUCCACUGCGAGCAUAGGCUCUACGUAUGCAUUUAACAGGCUUAAUACCAGAGGAAAGGAAGAUAUUGACAGGCAUCUAAGGACAUCGCCUCCAUCUCGUGUUCAAAGCUCCAGAAUCGCUAAAUAUCAACCGCUCCCGGCUAUCAGCACAGCGACGACCACGACGGACUCCAGCAAUAACAAAGAAACGGGGUUCGAACCCCCGCCUCUAAUCAGAAGCAGAACUUUCGAUGUGAUCGACACAAAGAUGAAGAACCUGCCAGAGGCGGACGACUACAGUGGUAGUAGAGUGACUAGCCCGAACUGUGAGACUCCGACGCAUACUGUCACUGUCAGUAUAGAAGGUAAACCACUGGCCGAGUUCCUCCUACAUGCCAGAGACGGACUUCUCAAGUCUCGCCCUGGCACGCGCUAUGGCAGGCCAGAACCAGGGGAAGUCUUAGACUCGGGGAACAGUGAACUUCAACCUGACGGGAACUCUGAAUUUAUGAAGCUUCUUGGAGCCUCUUUGCAAGAAUGCCAACUUGGAAAUGACAGUGGCAUUAGUGAAGAGGAGGAAAAUUCAGAGCAAGAGGGAAAUGAUAAAAAUAAAGUGAUUUUUGUAGAUUGUUCCUCACACAAAGUGACUGACAAUAAUAGUGACUGGACAGAACCUUCCGAUAAUUUGACUCAAGAAAGUAGUGAAAGUAAAGUGAACGAGGAAGAAAGCUCAUUGCAAGAAAAACUUGAUAAUAGCGGUGAAUUUACUGAAGGUGUUGACAGUCCAGUGCAAGAAGAGGAUAAUGAAAGUUCCCCCAUAGACAAACCUGAACUUUGUGACAAGAGAGACAAUGAACUUACUGAGAGCUCAGGGCAGCAAGGUGACGCUAUUAAAGAAGAGCCUGAGGCUGGGGAGGACAUCAUCGUCUACUUCAAGUUACCAGAUGACUCGUUGAUGUUGGUGUCGAGUCCUCGCAAUCAGACGCUUGGGGAGCUCCUACAGGUGGUGGGCAACACAAGGGUCGGGGAUAAACGGCUGGUGGUAGCCCAAGACAGUCUAGAUCAGACGGACCUCACCAAGACCUUGGUGGAACUGGGCAUUACAGACAACACUACACUGUAUCUCCUCAACGAGUGAUCUUACUCACGCCACAUUCCAGUAACAACAGUUGUAUUCCAUCCUCAUGUACAUAAUGUGCAAGAUGGCCAAAGUACAAAAGACAACACGUAAGUCUAAGUAUACAGACUCAAGAAUUCUUGAGGUUCAUUCACACUAAUAAUGAGAGUAUACACACAUUAAGCAGUGAAAACCACGCCAUUUCAUCACUUCAUUAUCAUAACAGGCAUGCGUGAGCGUAUUUGAUAGGAGUGAAUGGAGACAAAUGGUUUUUAAUACUUGACGUGCUGUUGGAGUGUGAGCAAAGUAGCAUUUAUGAAGGGAUUCAGGGAAACCGGCAGGCCGGACUUGAGUCCUGGAGAUGGGAAGUACAGUGCCUGCACUCUGAAGGAGGGGUGCUAAUGUUGCAGUUUAAAAACUGUAUUGUAAAGCACCCUUCUGGCAAGACAGUGAUGGAGUGAAUGAUGGUGAAAGUUUUUCUUUUUCGGGCCACCCUGCCUUGGUGGGAAUCGGCUAGUGUGCUAAUAAACUAAUGAUAAUUAUCACAGUCUCUAGCAUCACUCGAAAUAACACUACAACACCCCUAGAGCAUCAUCUCACACACACACUACAACAGCAAACAAAUCACCACAGACACAACCACAACCAGCACAGUUCGCACCUAGUGACCUCAAAGAGGAAACGUGUCAUGUAGAAACACUUAAGCCAUCUUCCUCCAACUGUACAGGUUGUAAAAUGUUUUUGUGUAUCUUUUAUACGUAGUCCUGCUAUAAGGAUCGAUAUCAAUCCAUGGUUAUUGUAAGUUUUAUACAAGUUACUAAUAAAUUCCAGAGCCUUGUUGUGUCGGCACCAAACUCGAGUUAACUUGUCAGGGAAUGGAAAGUUUUAUGAGAUACUGCUAUGUUGCAGAUACUUGAUACCUGCCCAGGAUGUUUAAUAAAACAUUUAAUGCGUGUUUUAAG